AUGAUGCAGCUUUGGCUUUUUGCAAUUCGGCACUUUGUCAAUACUCCACCUGUCCGCAGACCUGAGAAGUCUUCUAAGCCAUUUUAUUGGUCAACCGAGAUGGUCAGUCUUCACCGACUAGCCAGAUUUGCUUGUCGUCUAGGCUUUAGAUCAAACGAGAUCCAUGACCUAAGUUCAAAAGACCAAAACGAUAGCCUCGCAAGAGGACUAUUGGAGCGAAUAUGCAGCGAUGAAUUUCUGGAACUGGAGCCAAACAAGCUCAAAGCGAUUUCAACCCAAUUUGGAGGUGCUUUAGAGGAUAUUCGGCGUCACCAAAUCCAUGUCAUGGGGCCAGGUCAAUUUGCUACCAAUGACGUGGGUCAAAGAGCUCAACGACGAUGCAAUCGCCCCACGAUUAAUCAAUAUGAAAUACAACGAGGAGAUCUCUUCAUCAAACAGGUCUUCUCUGGAGACCAAAGCCCAGCAGAAUUUGUGACCCCUCUCGGCGUUACUCGUGAUAUCCUCUUUUGCUUCUUCGGCGAUAAUUUGGUGACCGAGAUCCGGGACUGGUCUCGAUCCACCACACGUGCGCAAAACGGCCAUUCCAUGAGGUCCGCGAAUAAUGGAUCCACUUCCCAUCAUCGAGACCAAACCCAGGAUUUGCCUCCGCACUCUCCACUCUUCCCGACGGCUUCAGAGAACAGGGACACGGAGGAGCUCGCUCAAGAACCUGGGACUUGCUGGGCAGAACAAUUACAGAUUAGUCCAUCCAUUUAUUCAAAGCCCAGCGACGUUGAAAGUACUCAGUCCGACGAUCAUGGUACACCUUUAGAUGUUGGCAGCGUCGAUCCGCAGACUUUGGUUUCAGACGAACGCGCAUCAUGUGAACAUCCAAUGAGCCUUUCAGCGGAUAGUCCUGUGGUUCUUGAAACAAGCUCCGACCAUGGACCGAAAAUCUCUGAUAGAUCAGCAGACAACGUGACCAGAAGCCCAGUGUCACUAUAUUCACAUCCAACAGGCACCCCUGACAACGACAUUGAGAUGGUUUCCGAGCCAAAUCCACCGAGCAGUGUUCAUAUACCUUUGGCAACAGGCUUCGAGACAAACUCCGGAGAGUUUGGAAGAAUGACAUAUAUCACUCACCACAGCAAGAUCCCGGAAAUUCUUAAAAUGUGGUAUAAUUCAAGGCAGGAUGUGCUGGUCAUCUUUCUUUUUGAGAUUCGAGCAUUCUACAAAUUCCCCCUUGAAAAUUCUUAUGACCUAAGAUCCACUUUGUGUAGCCUUGCACAAGAGUACUGUUUCAUGGUUAUUCAUGAUCUCUAUGGUCUCACUGUGCCGGACAUCAACAAAAUAUAUGAGACAGCAUUGACACAUCAUCUAAUUCUCGCUGGAAAGCGCGAUACCCCGAGUCAGAAAAGGAACUCGAGCUCUGAGAUUUCUGUCGACGAGUUUCGUCGCUAUGUCCAGAUUUAUGACAUUCACACUGGGAAGCGAAAGCGGGAGGAAGGGGAAUCAAAGUCAUCGAAGCGUCCAAGGGGUAGAGCUGGGUGA